UUCUUUAGGAUUGGUGGUUGCAGUGUUCUUAUCAUAAUAGUAAGAGAAUAAGACCAAAUUCCAUUCACCUAUAUAAAUAUUUUACAGUAAACGUAAACUUGCAAGAGAAGAAACCUCAGAAUAGCAGACACUCUUUCUGUGACAAGAGUCGAGUUUCUCUCCGCUUUCACUGAUGGAUCGAAUCCAGCACAAGUUCGUGAAGGUUGGUGAUGCUCUCAAUCUCCACGUCGCAGAAAUCGGAAGUGGUGAAAACGCCGUCGUAUUCUUGUACGGUUUCCCUGAGAUAUGGUACUCGUGGCGGCACCAGAUGAUAGCCCUUGCCGAUGCUGGAUUCAGAGCCAUCGCCUUCGAUUACAGAGGCUAUGGUCUCUCCGAUCCUCCACCUCAACUCGAGAAGGCUUCCUGGUCCGAUAUUCACAACGACGUCCUUCAUAUUCUUCAAGCUCUUCAUCUUCCAAAGGUGUUUCUUGUUGGAAAAGAUUUUGGAGCUCGUCCUGCACAUCUAUUUUCAGUUCUACACCCUGAAAGGGUCUUGGGAGUUGUUACAUUGGGAGUUCCAUUUGUUCCCCCAGGACCCUCUCUCUUUCACAAAGUCCUUCCUGAAGGCUUCUACAUUUUUAGAUGGGAGGAACCCGGAAGGGCAGAAGCUGAUUUUGGACGCUUUGAUAUAAAGACUGUUGUGCGUAACAUUUACAUCCUCUUCUCCAGAAGUGAAAUACCAAUAGCUAAUGAAAAGCAGGAGAUCAUGGAUCUGGUAGAACCUGAUACUCCUCUUCCCUUAUGGUUCACUGAGGAAGAUCUUGCAACGUACGGCGCCUUGUAUGAGAAAUCUGGAUUCAAAAAUGCAUUGCAGGUUCCAUAUAGGUCAUUUGAUAAAGUGUUUAACUUACAAGAUAGCGUGGUUAGAGUUCCCGCACUUUUUAUAUUGGGUGAGAAGGAUUAUUUUCUGAAGUUUCCUGGGAUUGAGGAUUUAACAAAGGGUGAAAAAGCAAGAGAGCAUGUUCCCAAUCUGGAAGUGACAUUUAUACCUGAGGGGACUCAUUUUGUUCAAGAACAGUUUCCUGAGCAGGUGAAUCGACUUAUUCUGGAUUUCCUUACCAAGCACACUUAGUCAAAAGGCAGGACUUUCUUCAUGAAUGGUGUAAGAAGAACUUUUCUAUGAUUUUGUUACUUUAUUUUUUAUUUUAGUAAAAUAUUAAUUUGUUACUUUAUUUUUUAUUUUAGGUUUAAUAGGUUCGGAGGUCCCUAUAUUUGUGGGUUCAUUUCAAUUGGAUCCUCUAAUUUUGGAAGUGAUCAAUUGAGUCCCUAAUUUGGUCAAUUUGAUUCAAUAAUAGCAUUUUCGUUAAAUAUAAAUGGCAUUCAGGUGGCACCAUUUGAGCUGUAUAGAUGAAUUUUUAACAUUUUUAAUUGUUAAAUAUAUUAAUAAAUGAAAAUAUAAUUAAAAAUUAUUAAAAAUAUUAAAUUAGACCGGUGGUGAGGACCCAAUUGAUCACUUCCAAAAUUGAAGGACCCAAUUGAAACGAAUCCGCACACUUCCCAACCUAUUAAACCUUUAUUUUAUUUGACAUGUGAUUUUGUUUGGUAAAUAAACUUAUUUUCUUACUUA